GGGCAUUUGUGAAGAGUUCUCACGACACGCGCACAGCCUAGAAUCAUGGCGCUUCGAUUCCUCACCAAGUCGAUGCCGUUGGCGGUCGCCCGCACCCAGCGCCGAUUUUUGGCCCCGUCGGCUUCUUCGAAACACAUGUCUACGGUUGUUGGAUCGGGUACACACAAUGGAAUUGAGCAAUCUGCUCGAAGACUACUUUGUAAUGUCGCGUAGGCGAGUUUCCUGGUGGACAAACAGUGCCGUACGUCAACACGAUCGCCGUGGUUGACCCCAAGGAAAAAGACGUGAUCCCUGCCUACCGCAUCCUCGAUCAACAAGGCAAACUCGUUCCAGGUGGCCAAGUUCCGGAAGGAUUGACGGAGGAAGUCGUCGUCGAUCUUUACAAGGGCAUGAUCCGCUUGAACCAAAUGGACAACGUGUUUUACGAUGCCCAACGACAGGGUCGCAUUUCGUUUUACAUGACUGCAUUCGGCGAAGAAGGCACUUUGUUUGGCAGUGCUGCUGCCAUCAAGCCUCGCGACAUGGUGUUCGCCCAAUACCGUGAAGCUGGUGUGCUCAUGUACCGCGGAUUCACGUUGGACCAAUUUGCCGAUCAAUUGUUCAGCAAUGAAGGCGACUUGGGCAAGGGGCGUCAAAUGCCAGUGCAUUACGGCUCCAAGGAACUCAACUACCAAACGGUGUCGUCGCCACUGGCCACGCAAUUGCCCCAGGCCGCUGGUGCUGCGUACGGGUUCAAGGUCGCCAAAGAAGACCGAAUUGCAAUUUGCUACUUUGGCGAGGGUGCUGCAAGUGAAGGCGACUUCCAUGCUGCGCUCAACUUUGCCGCGACCCGCGACUGCCCCGUGCUUUACUUUGCCCGAAACAACGGCUAUGCUAUCAGUACGCCUGUCAAGGACCAAUUCCGUGGCGACGGUAUCGCGUCGCGCGGUGCUGGGUAUGGCAUUCCCGUGAUCCGAGUGGACGGAAACGAUCUCUUCGCCGUGUACGAAGUGACGAAGAAGGCCCGCGAGUUAAUCAUGACCGGUGGCCGACCCGUCCUCGUCGAAGCCAUGUCAUACCGCCAGGGCCACCACUCGACAUCGGACGACUCGACCCGAUACCGCGAAGUGUCUGAGAUCAAGUACUGGAAAGAUACCAACUGCCCGAUCAACCGAUUGAAGCUCUACAUGUUGGACCAAGGGUGGUGGUCGGAAGAGCGAGACCAAGCAUUGAAGGAUGCCGAGCGCACCAACGUGCUGCAAGCGCUCGCCAAGGCAGAAGCCAAAGGCAUCCCCGAGAUGCAAACCAUGUUUGACGAUGUCUACCAUGAAAAGCCGCGUCAUAUCCAGGAGCAAGAACAAGAGAUGCUCGACCACGUGGCCAAAUACCCCGACCACUACGCGUCGGAUGGCCAUUAGAAAACCAAUUGAACAUACCCCAUGCAGACGAAUUAAAGCGCCCUUUCUUCACUCGAACCGGACCUGCAGCACAGUGCAAGGCACUCGUUGCUGCGGGAGUUGUGUUUAAGCGACUACUCAGCCCAUGCGACCACCAGUCUUUCCAUUCAAUGCAAUACAAACAGGAUUAACGUCAAAACUGGUGGCUGCAAGACCUGAAUGAGCACACAGGGAUCGAAGAGGAACGAAGGCCGCACGUCUGACGAACAGGAGGACUGGUUACGUAAUUCUAUCGCUCAGUACCUUGG